AUGCCAGAUGCAAUUGAUCAGGAACGUGUAGCGGAGCACCAGCGAGGAGUUUGUUUGUUUGGAUAUCCAUUUUUCUCGGAAAAAUUGCUUAUUCCUGGCAUUGACCCAUCAAGAUUCCUUGCGUUGAUCGGUAACGAUCAAGAUGGGUUCAAGGCUUUGCCAGUCAUGUAUACCCAUGGCAACCAGGGGAAUUCCAAUUCCAAAAAUUUGCGCAAAAUGAUUCCUUUGCCUUUAGAGGAGACAAGAUCUGGUACUGUAUCUGAGCACGCUUCACGCUCAAGAGAAAGAUCCAAUGGCUGUGCGGAUCACGUUUAUCGUUCUAAUGAAGAAGAGAAUUGGUACGUAAUGAUGGAUAACGAACUAGCUGAUGUAGAUGAUCAAGGCUGGAUGUAUAGCUGGUCGUUCAAAGCAAAGCAUUGGAAGGGCAAGUACGGGUUUGUAAGAAAAAGGGUAUGGGUUAGAUUACCAUCAGCUACCCCGGAUUUAAUUCGAUUAGGGGACUUGGGUUCAAGACAUAGAGUAGAGAAAAAAGCAACAGAAGUGACCGGAGACAGUAGCUCAGAGGACAACUGGUGGGAUGCCACUGAUGAUUUGAUUAUGUUGUUAAGCCAAUUGCGAAAUUGUAAGCUAGAUAGAGAACGUUUCCAGUUCAUCGAUGGCGUGUUUCACAAUUUAUCCAAAGAUGAUUUGGUGAAAUUAAGUACGGAACCUAUCCUCUCCAGAGUGUUGGGAACGUUCCAAUUUGAAACAUCGAAGGAAAAGUUUCGUAAUGAGUUAAAGGCUCGGAUCUCUAGUUGA